AUGGGAUGCACCCCGAAAGAUUGUCAAAACUACAUUCUUCAACAACAGAGGAUGAGGACAUUGGCUUGCGAUGCUGCGGCGAUACAGAAAUUCUUUGCUUCAAUGCAGAUGAAGGACGAUGAAUUUUUUUAUGUAAUUGGCACGGAUAAUGCUGCUAGACUUCGCAACGUUGUGUGGGUUCACACACAUUACAAGUAUGUGUAUCGUGAGGAUAUUGAGACAUACAAAUUGGUUUUCUCGACCUGGCUGGCAGCAAUGGGCAAUGUACCUCCAACGGCUAUCCUCACUGAUCAAUGUGAGAUUAUCAAGGCAGCAAUUGCAAGGAUACUUGCAGACACAAUCCAUAGAUACUGUAUUUGGCACAUCAUGACAAAGAUCCCUGCAAAGCUUAAGGGUAUGUUGGACUUUAAAAUUGCCAAGGCCGAAUUUAAAUCAAUAGUCUAUAACAGCAACAUUAUCCACGAAUUUGAGGGAAAAUGGGCUGCAUUCAUUCAAAAAUACGAGCUUCAGGAUAGACUAUGGUUUCGUAAUCUAUACUCUGAAAAGGAAAAAUGGGUCUCAGUCUUCUUGAAGUACUAUUUUUGGGCAGGCAUGAUGUCCACCCAAACAAGUGAGUCAAUGCAUGCAUUUUUUGAUGGCUAUAUCUCCGAACGAAGCUCUCUAAAGCAGUUCGUUGAGCAAUAUGAGUUAGCCUUGCGAUUUAAAUAUGAGAAGGAACUCCAAGCAAAAUCUGACUCACAGAAAAUGCAUGCAGCGCCUACUUGUGGUUUUGAUUGGGAUAUGAAUCUUCAAACCCAUUAUACUCGAUCUAUUUACGAUACCUUUGUAGCAGAGCAUAUGAAGCGGUUGUACCACUGUAAAAUUGAAAGACACCCUGACUUCAAUGCCGUGGAGGGAGUGGAGAAGUACAGUGUAACAGAUUAUUCCAUAUUUAUCUAG